AUGGCGGAAUACACGGCGGGCACGUCGCCCCUCGUCGACCUGAUCAAUUCGCUGCCCGAUUCCGACGGCACCUGGGGGCCCCCCAUCACCAACGAGACCACCCUCAAUGGCGUCCCCUACGCCCCCUUCUCUAAGAGCGACAAGCUCGGCCGCAUGGCCGACUGGACUGACGCCAAGGAUGGCAGGGACGGCCGUGGCAGACAACAAUACAACAGGAAUUACCGUGACCAACAAGUCUACGGUGCAGGCUCUGCGUCCCUCUUUGCGCCUCCCGCAGCUGAGGACGAAGCCUCCUUCUCCGUUGUCUCCAAUGUCCGCGACACAGGCAAGACCCGCUUCGGGCGGGGCGCCAUCUUCACCCGCGGCCGGGGGCAGCGCGGCCGUGGUGGCCAGGAUACCAGAGGCGGUGGUCGCCAGCAGUUCCAGCGCGGCGGGCGCGGCGGCCAACAAUACGGCGGCGGCGGCUAUAGCGACCGUGGCGGCGGGCGGGGUGGUGGUGCGCGCGGGCGUCGCUUUGGCUGGAAGGACUACGACAAGCCGCAGCGCAACCGCGACGCCUCGGUCAACAUCAGGCCCGACUGGAAGCUCCUUGAGGAAAUCGACUACAACCGCCUCAGCAAGCUUAACCUGGACACCGACGAGGGUGAGGAUGUGGACAGCUACGGUUUCCUAUACUACUACGACCGGUCGUACGACAAGCCGCCUGUCAAGAGCGCCGAGCGCAAGCUGGCUGUUGUGGACCGCGCCGUGUACAACGUGACGACUUCGUCGGAUCCCAUCAUCCAGGAGCUCGCCGAGAAGGACGAGGCCACCAUCUUUGCCACCGACAGCAUCCUCUCGAUGCUCAUGUGCGCCCCGCGGUCCAUGUACCCCUGGGACAUCAUCAUCGUCCGGCAGGGCAACAAGGUGUUCCUCGACAAGCGCGACAACGCUGCGCUCGACAUGGUCACCGUUAACGAGAACGCGGCCGACGCGCCGCUUGAGGCGUCCGAGGGCUCCAAGGAUGUCAUCAACCAGCCCGGCGCGCUUGCGGAGGAGGCCACCUACAUCAACCAUAACUUUGUCAACCAGGUCGUGCUCGAGAGCUCGAACCAAAAGGUCGAUAUGGCGAACGAGAACCCCUUCCACAGCGCCUCCGAGGAGACGGAGCCGCCCGCGUCCAAGGCCUACAAGUACCGCCGGUUCGACCUUUCUACCAGCGAGGAGACCCCCACAUACUUGGUUGUCCGCACGGAGUUGGACGCCGUCCAGAAGAACCCCACCAGCGGCGAGGACCAGUUCGUCACGGUCCAUGCGCUGAACGAGUUCGACAGCAAGGCCCAGGGCAGCGGAGGCGCGCUCGACUGGCGCACCAAGCUGGUGUCGCAGCGCGGUGCCGUCGUUGCCACCGAGAUGAAGAACAACAGCUGCAAGCUGGCGCGCUGGACCGUGCAGAGUAUCCUGGCCAAGGCCGAUGUCAUGAAGCUUGGCUUCGUCUCCCGUGUGACGCCCAAGGCGAACGACAAGCACGUCAUCCUCGGCUGCGUGGGCUGGAAGCCCAAGGACUUCGCGAACCAGAUGAACCUGCAGCUGUCCAACGGUUGGGGUAUCGUGCGCACUAUUGCCGACAUGUGCCUGCAGCGCGAGGAGGGUAAGUACGUCCUCGUCAAGGACCCCAACAAGAACAUCCUGCGCCUGUACGAGGUCCCCGCCAACGGGCUGGAUGAUGAUGAUGAGGGGCCGGAGCCCGAGGGGGUGGCCGAGGAGGAGGACUAA